AUGAACCAAGUACCGGACACAGCCCAGCACAUUAUUGAGUGUGGAACGGAAUCCUGUAGGAAAUUCUCUGAGUUUUACUGCAAUACCUGUCACCAGCCAAUGUGUGACCAAUGCAAACAGCGCCAUCUAGAACAGAAUAAAGGACAUGAGAUUGUACGCUAUCAAGCAAGGAAAAGAAAACUUCCUUCAGAGAAAUGCAGGAUCCAUCCCUCACAAGAUAUAGACAACUACUGUAAGGUUUGCCAGGAUCCCCUUUGUUCAACAUGCUUUCACCAACACCACAGUGAUCAUGUAAACCGUGACCUUGAGACCAUCUACAAUGACAUUCUUCAGCAAUGUCAGAAGGAAAUUAAUGAUAUUUGGAAAACAGUCAUACCUAAAACUAAACAUAAUAUUGAAUCAAAUGGAGAAAAGAGAGAAAAUGUCAAGAAAGAAAUUGCAAAGACAAGAAUUUCCAUGAAGAAGAGAGCAGAUGAACUGAAGAAAGCUGUUGACAGUAUACUAACUUAUAAUAAUAAAAUUCUGGAUGAUAUAGAGAACUCUGUCCUUAAUGAUAUGGAGGAAGAACAGCGGGAAACAGAGGACUACAUAAAUUACCUGGAAGAAAUGAUUUCAAAUUUUGAGAGUAAAAUGUCAUCAAUAAAACCCACUGAACUCAUGAAAUUCCAUUUAGAUAUUUCAUUAGCUACCAUGAAGAUGCCUAACGAAAUAAAACCCAAACUGCCAAUUUUCACACUAGGUGCACUAAAUAAAAAAGAAAUAGCCAAACAGUUUGGUGAAAUUGAACUAGAUUCCUCUGAAACUUUUAAGCUUUCUUCUGUCAUAAAAGUAAAUCAAUUAACUUUCCCAGGACAUACAUUUUAUCAUUUGUCUCUCUUGCCUCCGAAAAAAUUUUGGGCGAAUGAUCGCUUUGGGAAUCUCAUUCUGUAUGACAUGGAAGGACACAUAUUAUCAAAGAAAAUAUUAACCAGUAUUUGGAAUUCCCAGGGUAUCAACACAGUCACAGCAGAGGGAGAACUUCUUUAUACAGAUAACAGCAAAAAAACUGUUAACAGAGUAACUAGUGACAUGUCCAUAAACAAUCUAAUCGAAACAGGGAAUUGGAAACCUGGAGCCAUCUUUUCCUCUCCUAUCAAUGGACACAUAUUGGUUGGGAUGGAAAGAAUUUCAGAAAAUAAAAUUAGCAGAUACACCAGAGAAGGAAGGAAGUUACAGGAUAUACAGUGGGAUGACAAAGGACAAACUCUCUACCAAAGUAUAUUCUGCAUCACAGAGAACAUUAAUGGUGAUAUCGGUACAUCAGAUAAGAGGGCCAAAAAGGUGAAGGUGGUGACCAAAUCAGGAAAAUACAGGUUCUCUUAUUCUGGUCAUCACUCUCAGUUACAAUUUUGCCCAUAUGGAGUCUGUACAAAUGUUCAUGGACACAUUUUGGUGUGUAAUGGCUAUAAUUCACAUAAUGAGAAUAGCUCUAGUGUCCACCUGCUUGACAUUAAUGGUAGGUUUCUGUCUUUCCUACUCACAUCAAAACACUGUCCUCCAUAUACCUGUGCUCUCUGUGUUGAUGAUCAACACAAUCUCUUGGUUGGGAGAAGUGGAAGUUCCACUGUCUCUGUGUACAAGUAUUUGCAGUACAUGGAAAAAUAA